ACGUUUCCUCACGGACAUAUUUCAACGUAGGUACUCAAAUGUCAUCAGCCUGUGCAAUGCUGCUGCAACAACAUUGUCUGUUGUGCCACUAACUUAUUUCAUUAUUACAUUAUAACAUUAUAUUAACGUAGCGUGUUACCACUAUAACAAGACGUUUUAUCGUUCUUUGCUGAACCGGUGCUAACGUCAGGAACUAUUCACCAGGUUAUAAUAGCUCUGAAGCUAGUCUGCUAUCUAGAUUCCACAUUAGCAGCAAGUGCAUAUUUUUUUCUGUUGGUCACAGACAUCUCGUCUAGCCGUCCUCUGUACCAAGUGACAGUUGUUUGAGAUGGAGCUACAAGCGGUACUGAUGGCCGCGGGCGGGGGGUCCCGCAUGAUGGACCUUACCUACAAUACCCCUAAACCUCUUCUACCCGUUGGCAACAAGCCCCUCCUAUGGUACCCCCUAAACCUGCUGGAGAGAGUGGGCUUUGAAGAGGUCAUCGUCAUCACAACCAAGGAGGUCCACAAGAUGAUCAGCACAGACCCCAAGAUGAAGCUGGACGUGAAGAUGAAGCUGGACGUGGUGUGCAUCCCGGAGGACGCUGACAUGGGCACGGCCGACGCCCUCAGACACAUCCAGCAGAAGGUCAAGACAGACAUCUUGGUGGUGAGCUGUGACCUCAUCACGGACGCGGCGCUCCACGAGGUGGUGGACCUGUUCCGGGCCCACAACGCCACGCUGGCCAUGCUGAUGAGCAAGGCCCACGAGUUCACCGAGACCGUGCCGGGGCAGAAGGGCAAGAAGAAAACAGGUGAGCAGAGGGACUUUGUGGGCGUGGACGGCACGGGGAAGCGCCUCCUUUUCCUGGCCAAUGAGGCGGACCUGGAGGAGGGGCUAACCGUCAGGAAGUCCAUUAUGAGGAAACAUCCCAGGAUGCAUAUUAAAACAGGUCUGGUCGACGCCCACCUGUAUUGCCUGAAGAAAUCAGUGGUGGAAUUCCUGGUUGACAACAAGUCCAUCUCCUCCAUCCGGGGCGAGCUGGUCCCAUACCUGGUGAGGAAGCAGUUCUCCAGGGCCAGCAGCUGUCCCAAGGACAAGGAGGACCCGGACCAGGAUGUGAACAGGAAGGACGGCAACUCCAGCCUGGAGAUCCUGCGCACGGCGCCCCGUGGACGAGCCCCUCCUGCAGCUGGCCCGCGAGCGCUCCUGCUGGAACGAUCACCGCGGCGACAUGAGCCCCGCCUACCACGGCGGCCGGCUGCGCUGCUACGUGCACGUCAUGGAGGGCGAGGGCAAUGUGCUACCAGCGUCAACACGCUGGCGACCUACAUCGAGGCCAACCGCCUGGCCCCUAAGCUGUGUGAGGAGCCUGCUGUCCAUCCGACUGCUGUGGUCUCUGAGAGAUGUCAGGUGGGAGCGGACAGCAUCAUCGGAGCGUCCUGCCAGCUGGCAGACAAGACGUCCAUCAAGAGGUCCACCCUGGGUGCCUCCACCACCGUCAGAGAGAAGGUCAAGGUCACCAGCUCCAUCAUCAUGCACGGGGUCACCAUCGAGGAAGGGUGAGACCCUGCAGCACUCGUCUGCCCCGACACUCCAAAGG